AUGUCAGAAGAAGAAAGGCCAUCGACGGAGGUUGUUUUCACUCAGCUACAACAAGGACAUAUUUAUAGCGACACAGGCUCCUCUGGUCCCGAUGAUAUUUUUGAGGAGGACUCUUACUCUCCGUCCUCCCUCUCCUCGUCCUCUUCGUCUGCGGUCCCCACCGAGGCCUGUGUGCAGGGGAAACCGGUGUGCACCUCCUGCGGCCUGGAGAUAGUGGACAGAUACCUCCUGAAGGUCAAUAAUCUGUGCUGGCACGUGCGCUGCCUCUCAUGCAGUGUGUGUAAGACUUCACUGGGCCGACACGUGAGCUGUUACAUCAGAGACAAAGAGGUUUUCUGCAAACUCGACUACUUCAGGCGGUAUGGGACUCGCUGUGCCCGUUGUGGGCGUAACAUCCAUUCUAGUGACUGGGUGCGUCGGGCGAGAGGUAGCACCUUCCACCUGGCUUGUUUCUCCUGCACCUCGUGUAAACGCCAGCUUUCUACAGGGGAAGAAUGCGGACUUCUGGAGAAUCGAGUCUUCUGCCGGCCACACUAUGAUAUUAUGAUAGAGAAUCUCAAACGAGCCAAGGAAAACAAACAACCAAAAAAUGAAGAGAUGGCAGACAAAGAUGACCUCAGCAUUUUGCCCAAGCCAGCUAAGAGGGCCAGGACCAGCUUCACUGUGGACCAGUUACAGGUGAUGCAGACCCAGUUUGCUAAAGAUAACAACCCAGAUGCACAGACGCUGCAGAAGCUGGCAGAGAGAACUGGACUCAGCCGCAGGGUUAUUCAGGUUUGGUUUCAGAACUGCCGAGCUCGUCAAAAGAAGCACAUUAACCCAAAUCCUACCCAGUCAACCAUGAUGACAUCACUUGCUCCUGAUCAGCUGUCUCCACCGUUGAUGGAUGAUCUCCAGUAUACCACCUAUAUUUCUCCAGAUGCACCUCUCCUCACCACACUGACCUAUAUGGAUGUCCAAACUCCAGACCCACUUCUGCUGCAGCCACACAUGUCCCAUUCACUGACACAACUGCCAGUCAGCCAUGCCUGA